AUGAUCAUCAUCGACUCCGACGUCGCUGACGUGGACUCGAUGAUUUCCCAUGUCGCCGGUCUGGUGACCGACGAGGGAGGGACGAUCAUGUCCACCGACAACUGGGGCAGGCGCAAGUUCGCCUACAAGAUCAACCACAAGACCGAAGGCAUCUAUGUGGUAUGGGAGAUCGUGACUUCCACGGCCGGUCUUCCCGCCACCGAAAGGCGACUGCGGCUCGCGGACGAAAUCGUCCGCCACAAACUGUUCCGGCUUCCCGACGCCGAGGCCGAGCGCCGCGGUCUGCUCGCGGAGGCCAAGCCGGCUGCUGCCGGCUGA